CCACCUCACCUCAGCGAAUCGCUCAUUGGUUCGCUUUAAUCUCUACCUACCACCAACCUCCCCCCCUCCUUCGAAACCCUCAUCCAUCGACAUCAAAACCCUCUUCUCCUCCUCAUCCCUCUUUCGUCGCACAUCGAUCGAUGUCGCCUCCUCCUCCCCUUCUCCGCAAAGAAGCGGCUCCCGAUUGGGCCGCGCUACCUCCCGAGCUCCUUGCCCUCGUCGCCGAACGCCUCCAUCACAGCGUCGACUAUGUUCGAUUCCGUUCCGUCUGUUCCCGCUGGCGCGCCGCCGCUCGACGCAUCCCCUUUCCGCCUCUCCUCGCCUUACCCUUCGACCCUGACGCCGCUGCCCUCCCCUUCUUCGAUCCCUCCGAGAUCGCCUCAUCCGCCGCGGUCCACUCGCUCCCCCUCCCCGAGGCCCGCCAUCAGGCCCUCCUCGGCUCCUCCCGCGGCUGGCUUUUCUUGAUCGACGAGGCUGGCUCCGUCUCCCUCCUAAAUCCCUUCACCCGCGCCAGGUUCUGCCUCCCGCCGGUCACCGAGAGUCUCGCCCGCGCCUCCAGCUUGAGCGUCUCCAAAGUCCGCGACCGCUGGGUGCUCGACCACAGAAACGGCAAGCACCCCGUCACGCUGUACCACAUGCGGAGCACUUUCAUUUCGGAGGCGACCCUCUCCUCCUCUCCGAGCGAGGGAGACGAAUGCGCCGUCAUCAUCGUGGCUGUUCUUGCUUCGUCCACUAAACUUGCUUUCUGCCGGAUCGGAGACCGUGAGUGGACUCUCUUCAAUACCGCCCUGCAUAACUUUGUCAGCUCCGUUGCAUACUGUGAUGGUCGGUUCUAUGCCGUGGACGCAUUUGGAGAAGUUUGCGUCUGCGAUGUCGGUAUUUCCACACGCGCAACUUAUAUUUCGUCGCUGAUGGUGCCUCCUGAACGUGACAGCUUCAGAAUUAUCGGGUUGAAGAAGGAACUGCUGCUGGUUGCGCAUUACAUGGACGGGGAUUUCCCACAUUUCAAGCAUCAUUACGAGAUUUAUAGGACUGAUAUUAAACGAAGGAUGAAGUGGUACCGUGUGGAUACCAUCGGUGGUAGGACAGUGUUCUUGUCCGUCCAUUUCAACUCAAAUGCCAUCGGAGGUGCAUUCUAUGGAUGCAAAAGCAACGCCAUGUAUUUCUCCGAGCCUAUUCGUGGUGGCCGUGAACCUUCCAGGUCUCAGAUUCACAAGAUGGCAGUAAUGGAUGUAACGAAUGGGUGUUUGGAGGUGAUAUCAUGUAAUUGUAAUGUGCAAUUCUCAAGAGAGGUUUUCUGGUUUACUCCUUGUCUCUACUGACAAGGCUUUUUCAAUGGAAGAAGGAGCUUCUGAUGGUUGCUCUAAUGGUUCAAAUUGAGUAGGAACUUGAGAAUGGCCAUCACAGGUAUCACUACGAGAUCUACAAGUUGUGUAUGAUGGAUGAACUGACAUGGUCCAGAAUGAAUAGUGUUUAUUGGUGAGGAGAUGUUGUUUGUGUCUCGGUAUUACAACUGUCAGUAUGUUGGAAAUGGGCUUCAUGGGUGCAGAGGAAACUGCACAUACUUUCCUUAGCCCUGGGAUUCUGCAUCUGGAGGUUGUUGAUUUGGUUGAUGGUAGCAAGCAAUUCAUAUCAACUCAUUGCACUGAAAAAAUGUUCCCAAUUUGUCUUGUGGUUCAAGCCUAGCCUACUAUAGCAAGGUAU